UUAAUAAAAAUAGUAUACUUUUUACUCUUUAAAAAAGUAAAUAAUAUAAAAGAUUUAGCUUAUAUAAUAAUAAAAUUUAUUAUAAAUAACUAUAGAUUAUUAAAAGAAAUAAUCUUUAAUAAAGGCAAUACCUUUAUAUUUAAAUUCUAA